GGAAGACGCACCAGCUAUCGUAUGAUACUGCUUGACCGUAGAUCAAGCCCUUACCAGCUCUUUUCUCGCCCUGCUUUCAGAUUGUCUUCUCUCAAUUCUACCAUGUCACGAGUCUGGCAAAUACCAUAUACUGGAAGUGCUCAUACUUAAUCUUUCUACUACACACUUGAUCAUUUUACUCCUCAUCUGUUUUGUUCCUUGGAGGAUACUGCUGAGUAGCCUUGUUCAAACAUAAUAUUCUCACCAAACCACUUUGUUAUACGAACAUGAACUCCUGCAAGCUGGGUGGACAGCGUUGUACGAUAGAAGACGCAUGUGAAAAGGCCCGUGCGCGGUGCUGCCAACCUGUGGGGAAGCUGAUGCUGGACGCGCAACGCGUGCAUCAGGAGAACUGAACACAACUCCAUCACAUUCCUGACCAACCUCAGAUGUGCCGGCGCAAACAUGAGCACCGAGAUGCUCCACCUUGACAUGGCCAUGGAUCUGGAUCCUGGCCGACAAAUCGAUCCCGACGUCCAAGCUACGCUCAGCGACUUCCUCACGUACAGCGAGCACCUUCCUUCGACCAUCGCUCGCAGUCUCUUCCUCAUCAAAAGCCUGAACUACAAGGCCAACGAGCUUCAGCUCGAGAUCCACAAUCACCUGAGCACAUACAGCAAUCUUCCGCAGAUCACCGCGACGGCGACCGACGCGCCUGAUCCUGUCCGAUUGCGCAAAGACAUCAGCCAUGCCUACGACGCGCUGGAGAAGUGCAAACGCAUGUCCCUCGCUGAGGCCAUCCGUCUCGAAGAAACCGUUGUCAAAGAUGGUGCGAAGCUACAGAUCGUGCAAAAGAAGCUCAAGGCCUUGCCUCUACCACCCGAGCGCGAUGCGACACCGGACCCUGGCCUAUCGUCUCCCCAGCUGAGAAGAAAUGCCCAGGCACAACAGCAGGCUGACAAACGCACCGCCCAACACCGUACCGGCAACGCUCCACGCGUAAGAGCGCAUAAGAUCAUGGUCCCUGGCGAAGUCCUUCCACCUCCAAACCCAGAUUCACCUCCACCAUCCGACUUCUCGCCCUCUCCAUCACCUCCACCUCGCUCGCCUGGUCAUGACAAGUCUCGCAACAACAAGACUCCUGGUAGACCGCCAAAGACACCAAAGCUGCCCAAGCCUGCCGCAGAACCCAAGGAUGCCGCCCAGAAGCCCCCUCGUAUUCGUCUACCUGGUUCUAGUGGUACCAACGCACACUCAGCCGUCGCGGGCAUAAGUACAUCGAAUGCCCUGAUGGCUCUGACUGCCCCGCCUCCAGACGCAGCGCCAGGAAGCAAGUGGCUGCCAUGGAAGAGACUGACCGAGUACGAGAUGGCCACGCUUCGCAAGAGGAUGAAGAAGAAUGCCAUCUGGCUCCCAUCGCCUGCAAUGAGGAACCGGGAGCUGAAGAAUCUUGGAAGAGGUGUGACUGCCAUGGAAGAGGCAAAAGCCGCUGCAGAAGCUUCGGGUCAAGAAUUCCUUGACGAAUUCGAUCCCCUUGCGUGGUCCGAUCCAACCUGUAUUCACAUUACGGAUGCGCAACAGGCUGAGACGGCCAAAAUGCUCGGUCCGGAGUUGCCAGAUGACAAUCACGAUGCCGCGCUUAUCAAUCGUGGCAUGCGUCUCAACGAGGCCAAGAAGCUGAAACGGGAGAAACUCAAGGCUGAAGAGGCUGCUGUCAAACUACAGGAGGAGGGCGGUUUGCAACCUCCCCUAGAGCAGAACAAGGAGAAGAAAUCGCCACAAAAGGCGCAAUCAAAGUCCAAGUCACCAGUGCAGCCUAGCAAACAAGCUGUAACACCACAGAUUGAAUCAGAGCCACCUGCCGCGCCUGCCACGGAACAAGCAGAGAUCGUGCAGCUGCCUUUCGUGGAACAAGCAUUGCCUGUAUCCGAGCCAAAGAGUAAGGCUGAGCCGAAACAAAAGAAGCAAGCUAAAUCAAAGCCUGUACCUGUGUCUGUACCAGAAAUCGUACAGCCAGAGGAAACACCAGCUGCUACGGCAUCUCCACGGCUCGAGCCUGUCAGUGAACCUCCCGCCGCGCCAGAAACUGCGAAGAAGGCAGAACCUGUGGCAAGUACCGAACCCGUCACGACAAGAAAGCGGAAACGUGACGCGACUACUCCUGCGGUAGUACCACCUCCAGCUGAGCCUGUCGCGGAGUCUCCUGACGUUCUUUCACUUCCUCGCCCAGGUCCACAGCCAAAGAAGCUGAAGUUGAGCGUUGCCGCUCCACCACCUGCGGACACGCCCACAAUUACCAUCUCUCAUCGUGCCAUCACUGCUGCCAAAGAUACUUCGUCUCCCAGUAGCGCUAGCACACCUGUGGCCCCCAGUCCGCGCAUUUCCGCACGACAGCAGACGCAGCGCAGUCAACGCAACUCCGCCCAGCCAGAACCUCCAGUCGCACCGACCGAGGCAGUUGCUCAGACGCCCGCUGCAAACACGAGAGCUGCAAAGCCUGCUACCAUCACGCUCAAGCACUCUGCCACAAAGGCAGCAUCUGCAGAACCAGCUAAUCGACGUCAAAGCCUACGUCGCAAUUCGAACGCGUCGCUGCCUGGUGCUGCGAACAACAAAGUCCGCUCUCCUGUGCCUGUCGCUGUAGCUAGUACUCUGGACACCACUACUGGAAAGAGACCAACUCGAAAGAAGCUCCCUCAGGGAAUCCUCCAGGCUGAAGACAACGGAACAAAGGUCAUAGUAGGCAAGCCAAAGGGACCAUCGAAGAAGAAGAAGUCUCAUCAGCAAAAGGAGACCAAGGAGGAGACCGCCACGCCCGUCAUGGAAUUCGAGGACCUUGAUCCCGAUGAGCCACGUUACUGCAUUUGUCAAGACGUCAGUCACGGCACAAUGAUUGCCUGUGACAAUGAAAGCUGCGAAUUGGAAUGGUUCCAUCUCGGCUGUGUCGGUCUGACGGAGCUUCCGAAGAGACGAACCAAAUGGUACUGUCCUAUCUGUCGCAAAAAGCUCAACGUUGGACUGGACAGCAAUGGCAUCGUUUGAUGCUCCCUCGAGACGAUUGGAAGAAGGGAUGCUUCGGCUCAUGGUUUGCCAGUGAUUCGGAGUGGCGUGCUUUACGAUUAUGACCUCUCGAUACCCAAUACCAGCUCUUGCUUUUUCUAAUACUAGUUUAUAAACCACUCAAGUGUUUCUCCCC